AUGGGGUUGAAUCAUCGAUUGGUAAUCAUGAACUGCUGAUGGCAUUCGUGCAGUGCAGCUUAUACCUUGGUUAGAAUCAGACGUAAUUAAGCCAUCAACAUUUACAGAAAGCUAGCGUAAAGGGACCUCUAAUCUUUUUCCCGUUCUUGGAAAAUAAUAAUGAUACUACGUAGGUAGAACCAUAACAAAUGAUAACCACAUGCAACAAACAUGAAGAGUUUGCAACUGGGAAGUUGACAUGAAAUCUCUCAACCAAAGCUGCUGCCUUUACACGUCUUAAACAAGAACGUUUGUAGAGUCAGCCUCUGUCUAAAUUGUUCAUUCAAGCCAAAGCAUUAUCUAAUCACCAUCAUCAUCUUAAUUUGUACUUACAUUACAUAGCUACCAAAAGGACAAGAAGAAAUGAUGCAUCGAUUGAAAAAAAUGCCAAGGGAAAAAGGGUAUAUGGAUGAGUAAAGCAUAAACUACACCUUGCCCUGUCGCACACAUCGCCAUUAUUCACUUGCACUUCAAGUCCACCCAAAAAAAAACAAAAACAAAAAGAGCAUAGAACACCACACCUCCAUCUCCUGCUCCUGCUUCUUCAGUUUCUUCUUCUUCUUGUUUCCCCUAUAAAAUUAUUUGCUACACCUCGUAUUGUAUCCCAAGCCAAGGAGAGCAUACUACACUGUUUCUGUUAUUAUUGUGUGAAGUGAAACAAUGGAGGCAGUAGGAGGAAGAAGAAGAAGGCCAAGAACAAUGCUGUUCUUGGUGCUAGUAGCGUUGAUGGUGAUCAUGGCCAUGGCGAAGACGGCGAGCGGCGGCGGCGGCGAUGACGGCGGCGCCGGAGGUGACCAUGACCAUGAUCAUGAGCAAUUCUUGAAGCUUUGGAACGGAAGAGGCGGAGCAGAUGCUAAGGAAGAUUACCUGAAUUGGGACGACGACGACGAUGAUGAUGAAGAUGAAGAUGAAGAAGAGGAGGAGGCGGAGCAGGUGAUGGCGUGGGCGGCCAAGUGCCGGCCGCCGGCGGGGAGGAACGUGGUGAACGUCGACAGCUUCGGCGCGGCGGGGGACGGCUGCUCCGACGACACGGAGGCGUUCUUGAAUGCUUGGAAGAAGGCAUGCUCGCUGAACAACGCGGUGUUCUUGGUCCCCGGCGGCCGCCGCUACAAGGUCGGCGCUGCCAGGUUCAUCGGGCCCUGCAAGAACAGGAUGAUCAUCCAGAUCCAGGGCACUAUCGUGGCGCCAGAUGAGCCGUCGGAGUGGGAUCCGGCGAGCCCCCGGCUGUGGCUCCUCUUCUCCGGUCUCGCCGGCGCCCGCAUCCAGGGCGGCGGUCUCAUCGACGGCUCCGGCUCCAAAUGGUGGGCCAACUCCUGCAAGAUUGACCGCUCCAAGCCAUGCAAAGGAGCACCUACGGCUUUGACCAUCGACUCGUGCAGGGGGGUGAGCGUGCGGAACCUGCGCCUGCAGAACGCGCAGCAGAUGCACCUGACGGUGUCGCGCUCCCGCGACGUGCGCCUCGCCAGCGUCCGCGUCGACUCGCCGGAGGACAGCCCGAACACCGACGGCAUCCACGUCGCCGACUCCACCGCCGUCACCAUCCAGUCCUGCCGCAUCGCCACCGGCGACGACUGCAUCUCCAUCUCCAACGGCAGCUUCGCCGUCCGCAUGCGGGACAUCGACUGCGGCCCCGGCCACGGCAUCAGCAUCGGCAGCCUCGGCCAGGGCGGCGCGUUCGCCGCCGUCGACGGCGUGUCCCUCGACGGCGCCCGCGUCGCGCGCGCCCAGAACGGCGUCCGCAUCAAGACGUGGCAGGGCGGCGCCGGCUACGUCCGGAACGUGCGGUUCGCCGGCGUGCGCGUCGACGGCGUCGACCACCCCAUCGUCAUCGACCAGUUCUACUGCGACGCGACGCGGCCGUGCCGGAACCGGACGUCGAACGUGCGGGUGAGCGGCGUGGUGUUCCGGAACAUCACCGGGACGGCGAGGCGCGCGGAGGCGAUCAGGCUGGCGUGCAGCGACGCCGUGCCUUGCGUCGGCAUCGUGCUCAGCGACAUCGACCUGCGCCGCGAGGACGGCGGCGGCGAGGUGCAGACCGUCUGCAACUGCGCCAUGGGCUUCGACGACGGCCGCGUCAGCCCCGCCGCCGACUGCCUCAGGACCAGCCCCUGCGGCGGCAUGUCGCCGGACGACUACCACCCCGACGACAAAGACGACGACGACGAGGUCCGGCAUACCGAGCUGUGAACUGAACUGAACUCUCAUGCGUGAAUGCUAAGAUCGAUCGGCUUAAGCUCAAUGAAGCCCUUUUGACCCUGCUAUUAAUUACAGUAGUAGUAAUUAAUUAAUUAUAAUUAAUUAAUCCUACUGGUGCUUUCCUUUUUGUUACAGUGUGCUUUGUAAAUUAAAUGUCACAGUAUUAUAUACUCACUCCGUUUCACAA